AUGAGUCUGGAAAGAAUGGAUAUGGGAAACAGCUCCUUAGUCACUGAGUUUUUCCUUGUGGGUUUAACCAAAUAUUCAGAGAUCCAGCUGCCUCUGUUCUUUCUUUUCCUAGGAAUCUACAUUGUCACUGUGGCAGGAAACCUGGGCUUGGUCACUCUAAUUGGACUGAAUUCUCACCUUCACACCCCCAUGUACUAUUUCCUCUUUAAUUUAUCCUUUAUUGACCUGUGUUACUCUUCUGUCAUUACCCCAAAACUGCUGGUAAACUUUGUGUCAAAGCUGAACACCAUCUCCUAUGCAGGAUGCAUGACUCAGCUCUUUUUCUACUGUUUCUUUGUCAGUGCAGAGUGUUACGUGUUGACAGUAAUGGCCUAUGAUCGCUAUGUGGCCAUUUGCAAGCCCUUGUUAUACACGGUCACCAUGUCCCCUCAGGUCUGUUCUCUGCUGGCUGUGAUUGUAUAUGUGGGGGCGUUUAUUGGUGCCUGGGCCCACACAGGAUGCAUGCUCAGGUUGACCUUCUGUGAUGCCAACACCAUCAACCACUACAUGUGUGACAUCCUCCCCCUUCUGGAGCUCUCCUGCACAAACACUCACAUCAAUGAACUGGUAGUUCUCAUUGUUGUGGGCUUUGAUGUGGGUGUGCCCAGCCUCACUAUCAUUAUCUCUUACUCUUUCAUCCUCACCAGCAUCCUUCGCAUCCAUUCCACUGAAGGAAGGUCCAAAGCUUUUAGCACUUGUAGCUCACAUAUAAUUGUUGUUUCUGUUUUCUUUGGGUCGGGGGCAUUCAUGUAUCUUCAUCCUUCUUCUGUUUUGUCCAUGGACCAGGGGAAAGUGUCCACUGUGUUCUAUACUAUUGUGGUGCCUAUGCUCAAUCCUCUGAUCUAUAGCUUCAGGAACAAGGAGGUUAAGGUUGCCCUGAAAAAAAGCUUGAAUAGAAACAUAUUUUCCUGA